AUGGUGGGGUGUCAGCGGUGGGUGUUGGAUGGUUGUGGCAUGGGCGGCGGUGGCGGGGUGGGUGGCAGUGGUCGAUGGUGGUGGCGGGUGGUAGUCAUGGUCGGCGAUGGUGGAGGCGUGGGCGGCGGUGAUCAGUGGUGGUGGUGGGUGGCGGCGGUGGGCAGCGGUGGUCUGUGGUGGCAGGCGGUGGUCGAGUCGGCAGUGGCGGUGUUCGGUGGUGGCGCCGAUGUUCAGUGGCGUAGGGUGACGGAGGCGGUGGAUGGCGGUGGAGGCGACGGGGGGUGGCGGUUGUCGGUGGCCGGUGUUGACGGUGGUGGCGGUUGUUGGCGUUGGCGUCGGUGGUCGGUGGCGGAGGGUGACAACGGGGGUGGUCGGGCGGUUACACGAGGUGGCGGUGGCGGGUGUUGGCAACGACGGUGGGUGAUGGUGGUGGUAGGUGGUGGUAGUUGUGGGCGGGAUGUUAAUGAAGAAGGUUAA